AUGCCCUCCAUCACACUCCGAGACGGCGCCCAGCUCUUCUACAAAGACUGGGGCAACCCCAAGGGUUCAAUCGUCACAUUCUCCCAUGGCUGGCCCCUAAGCAGCGACAACUUCGAAAACCAAAUGGUCUUCCUCGCCGACAAGGGCUACCGCGUCAUCGCCCACGACCGUCGAGGCCAUGGCCGCUCCACGCAAACCUGGACAGGCAACAACAUGGACACCUUUGUCGACGACCUGGAAGAGCUCUUCUCGCACCUCAACGUCCAAAACGCCAUGAUGGUAGGCCACUCCCACGGCGGCGGCGAAGUCACCCACUACCUAGGCAAGCACGGCACCAAACGCUUCAAGAAGGCCGUCCUCAUCGGCGCGGUGCCUCCCCUCAUGCUCAAGACGUCCGCCAAUGCAGAAGGCACUGAUAUGUCCGUGUUUGACUCCUUCCGCGCAGCCAUACACAAGGACAGAGCGCAGUUCUUCCUGGAUGUUCCCUCCGGGCCCUUCUUUGGCUUCAACAGACCUGGUGUGCAGAAGAGCGAGGGCCAGAUUCAAAGCUGGUGGUCCCAGGGUAUGGCGUCGAGCUACAAGAGCGUGUAUGACUCCAUCAAGGAUUUUUCUGAGACGGACUUUACGGAGGAUUUGAAGAAGAUUGAUGUGCCGGUUUUGGUGUUGCACGGCGACGAUGACCAGGUUGUGCCGAUUCAGGCCGCGGGCAUGAAGAGCGUCAAGUUGUUGCCCAAGGGGACGCUGAAGGUGUACAAAGGGGGUUCGCAUGCCAUUCAUAAUUUGCAAAUUGAUGAGGUGAAUAAGGAUUUGUUGACGUUUUUGCAGAGUUAG